GUGCCAAGUGACUUCGGUUUCUAUUUCCUCUCUCAGCCCCGCCCUGUGCAGAGGUCUCUAAGUGAGUGAGGCAGAGAGUGGUGAUUCCCCGAGACAGGAGAGAUGGCUUUCUUCAGCACCCAAGCUCCCUAUGUGAACCCGGCCAUCCCAUUUUCUGGAAUAAUCCAAGGAGGACUGCAAGAGGGACUUCAGAUCACCAUCCAGGGGACCGUCCUCGCCUCUGUAAAUAGGAUUACUGUGAACUUUCAGACUGGCUUCAGUGAAAAUGACAUUGCCUUCCACUUCAAUCCCCGGUUUGAAGAUGGAGGGUAUGUGGUCUGUAACACAAAGCAGAGAGGACACUGGGGGCCCGAGGAGAGGAAGAUGCAGAUGCCCUUCCAGAAGGGGAGGCCCUUUGAACUUAGCUUCCUGGUGCAGAGGUCAGAAUUCAAGGUGAUGGUGAACAAGAACUUCUUUGUGCAAUACUCACACCGCGUACCCUACCACCUCGUGGACACCAUUGCUGUCUCCGGCUCCUUGAAGCUGUCCUUCAUCACCUUCCAGAGGUCCUCUGCAGUCCCUGUCCAGCCUGUCUUCUCCACAGUGCAAUUCUCUCAGCCCAUCCAGUUCCCACGGAACCCCAGGGGGCGCAAUUCGAAACUUCAGGGUAUCCGACCUGCCCACCAGGCACCUGUGGCUCAAACUGUCAUCCACACAGUUCAUACUGCCCCUGGACCAAUGUUUCCUACUCCCGGAAUCCAGCCUGUGGCAUACCCCACUUCAGCCUAUCCUGUACCCUUCUUCACCUCCAUCCCAAAUGGGCUUUACCCGUCCAAGACCAUCAUCGUAGCAGGCAUUGUCCUGCCCAAUGCUAAGAGGUUCCACAUCAACCUUCGCUCUGGGAUGGACAUCGCUUUUCACCUGAAUCCCCGUUUCAACGAGAAGGUUGUGGUUCGAAACACCCAGAUCAACAACACCUGGGGGCCUGAGGAACGAAAUCUGCUUGGAAAAAUGCCCUUCAGUUGUGGCCAGAGCUUCUCAGUGUGGAUCCUCUGUGAAAGCCACUGCUUCAAGGUGUCCGUGGAUGGGCAACACCUGUGUGAUUACGUCCACCGUCUGAAGCACUUGCCAGACAUCAACAAUCUAGAGGUGGCAGGUGAUGUCCAGCUGUCCCACGUGCAGGCAUAGGCAAGGUCCCUGGCCUGGAAAGGAGGGCUGGGGCACCCUGACUGUGUCUUGUCACCUCUUCUCAGCCUCAGUCCUGGCUCCCCAAACCCCACCAUCACGAGUGCCUCAGGGACAGGCAUUCUGGAAGGGGAAACCCCCAGUUCACUCCCCUCCACACAGGCUAUGUGACAUAUAGCCUUCAGCCCACAGUUCCGUUGCUCUCAAGCUAGUUAUACACUUUGAGAAGUAACCUCCUUGGGUCUGCCCCGUACCUCUCUGGCCCUUUCCCUCUGUCUCUUCUUCCCUUCACCCCACCACAGGAAGGCCACCCUGAUGCCAUCCCGCUGGCCUCCAACUGAAUGUUCCAUCAGUUCGCCCCUGUUCUUUCCCAGUGCUCAUAAAAUAAAUAAUACUUGUGUGCACACA